GUGAUUCGCCAAGGGCCGCUGCUACAGACGGACAAGCAUGGAGCUAUUUGGGGAACUGAAGCCGGCGAGGUGCUCCCAGGUCAGAUCCUUCAUGCUGCAGCGGAGCCGGUGACCGAAGAUGGACACACCACAGUCCUUCUCCAGACUGGGGGUGCCGUUGACAUAGGCCUGCUACAAGUCGCAGAGCAUCUGUCCGGGGAUGCAGCCGGCGAACAUGAGCACCUGGAUGAGCACUUCCCACCACCAGGCGGCGUUGAGCACGCUGGAACAGAAGGCGAGCCCGAAGGUCAGCCAGCUCACUGGUUCGAGUCGGAGCCCGACAUGCCGAACGAGCCCCCGAGCCCACAGGAGAUGGCAGAAGCAGCAUACCGCAGCAGGCAUGGCCAUGAGGGCCCUGGCCCAGCAGAUCCCUCGGAAUGGGAAGCCGAACAUGGCCACCCAGCCGAGCAAGCAGAGGAUGGCGCUAUGCAUGGUUUUCGGGAAGGUGAAGGGGCUGAGGAGGCACCUCAUCAAAUGCCCGGAGGCCGUCAUGGCCACGAUGGCAGCGAAGAUGGUGAAGGGCACGGCAUGGCAAAGCACCCUGCCUCGCCCCAGGAUCCGGAACUGGAUGCGCUGGCUCAGCAAGAGAUGCAAGAGCAUGGUCUCAACGAUCCUUUUCCUGAACAUCCCGAGCAUGCCGGGCAGGACCCAGAGCUUGACCCGCAGAAUUCAGCAGGCCAUGGAGACGGUGGACAUCCAGAGCCAGGUCUGCCCGAUUCCCCACAAGAGGGAGCUGCCCCCGGAGGAGGAGGUCAUGAUGGUGAUCACAUGGCUGAUCCAGCAAUUGGUUUUGAAGGAGGAGACCAGUGA